CGCGCCGCACCCUGCCCGAGCCGCCUGUUGAUCUCUGUCCUCGCCCGGGCCGCGGCGCCGCCCCUGCUGGUUGGAACUGCGCCUGGGGCCGAGCCUGCCUGCCCGCACCGCCCGCAGCGGGAUGGGCGCACGCACUGUAGUAGUCUGAAGUCUCAGGACGCUGGUCCACUCAAGGUGCAUGGUGCAUGAGAAAGGUCUAUCUGCGAAGCCAUGGCACUCCCCUUUCAAAAGGAGCUGGAGAAAUACAAGAACAUCAAUGAGGAUGAGCUUCUUGGCAAACUCUCAGAAGAGGAACUGAAACAGUUGGAAAAUGUUCUAGAUGACCUAGAUCCCGAGAGUGCAACGCUGCCGGCUGGAUUCAGACAGAAAGACCAGACCCAGAAAGCAGCCACUGGCCCAUUUGACCGUGAGCACCUCCUCAUGUACCUAGAGAAAGAGGCUUUGGAACAGAAAGACAGGGAGGACUUUGUGCCCUUCACUGGAGAAAAGAAAGGGAGAGUCUUUAUCCCCAAGGAAAAGCCUGUAGAAACUCGUAAAGAAGAGAAAGUGACCCUGGAUCCAGAACUGGAAGAAGCACUGGCCAGUGCCUCUGACACCGAACUCUAUGAUCUUGCAGCUGUUCUAGGAGUACACAAUUUGCUCAAUAAUCCAAAGUUUGAUGAAGAAACAGCCAAUGGCAAAGGUGGCAAGGGGCCCGUAAGGAAUGUGGUCAAAGGUGAAAAAGUCAAGCCCAUAUUUGAGGAACCACCCAAUCCCACAAAUGUGGAAGCAAGUCUGCAGCAGGUGAAAGCCAACGAGCCCAGCCUGCAGGAGGUCAAUCUCAACAACAUCAAGAACAUUCCAAUUCCAACCCUGAAGGAAUUCGCAAAGGCUCUGGAGACCAACACUCAUGUGAAGAAGUUCAGCUUGGCCGCAACUCGUAGCAAUGACCCUGUGGCCCUUGCUUUUGCAGAUAUGCUGAAAGUAAACAAGACCUUGAAAAGUCUAAACAUAGAAUCUAAUUUUAUCACUGGAACUGGAAUCCUGUCCCUAGUGGAAGCACUGAGAGAAAAUGACACCUUGACAGAGAUCAAGAUCGACAACCAGAGGCAGCAGUUGGGAACAGCUGUAGAGAUGGAGAUCGCCCAGAUGCUGGAGGAGAACUCGAGGAUCCUCAAGUUUGGAUACCAGUUUACUAAGCAAGGGCCACGGACAAGAGUGGCAGCUGCCAUCACAAAGAAUAAUGACCUGGUUCGCAAGAAGAGAGUUGAAGGAGACCGGAGGUAAACAUUACCAGAUGAGGUGAAGUUUUACCAAGCAGCCAUUUUAAGACACAAACGCCUCCUCUUCUCCAUGGGACCAUUUUAUCUGAGGUUAUUCAUUUCUGUUAACCAUAUAACUCAUAAUUUGUUAUUCUUUUUAGCACUACUUAUUUAUAUGGGAUUCUGAAAUGUGUACAGUUGUUUUUACUUGUUCCUAGACACACCUGGCAACUUGCACAAGCAGACUGACACAGAUCUUAGUAACAACUGCCGAAAAUGAUUUUAACCACUUUCAUAUUGGGCUGUUUGCUUUCUUACAUGAACAUUUUUUAAUCAUGGAAGGGGAUUUAGCAUAUAGUGUGUGUUUGUUGCUGAUUAGGCUAGAAGCCUAUCUCUGUUUACAUGCAUUGCUUUGAGUUAGGUGAGUACAUGAAACGUGUGCUGCCGACUACAUGAGAAGUUAGUAUUGCCAAUCUUUCACAAAUCUUUCACAAAUUCUCCGUUAGUUCCAGAAAAAUCUCUACAUGUAUAUACCUAAUUAAUUGAUAGUGGUAUUCUCUUCAAAAAGCACUUUAACAUAACAUAAGCAAAUAGUUUAUUAACACAUAUUAACACAUAAUAUAUUAACAUAUAUUAUGAAUAUAUGGGUAAACCACAUUUACAAGUAGGAAGAUGAAUUCACACACCUGUCUUUACUAUUCAACAUGAACGUGUAUGUGUGUGUGUUUGUGUGUGUUUGUGUAUGUGUGUGGUGACAGGGAUUGCACCCAGGGCCUUGUAUAUUUGAGGCAGGCACUCUACCUCUAAGCCACAUCUUCAGCUCAAAUUAAAUAUUUCAAAUGACUCUCUAUUUACAAAGCUGUUGAAAAACUUUCCAAGCAUGAUGGGAAAUUUUUUAAUUUUACUGAAAGAAAAAUUUUAAAACAGUACAUUCCUAAAUAAAACAGUAAUAAUGGCACCUUAGGGGCUGUAGAGA